AUGAUGUUGCGUCAGAGUCACGCCGGCGGUGGCGGAGCGCCCCAGUUUGACGCAGCAGGCAAUCUGCGUACACACCGAGUCUGUUUCACUCACAACAACUGCAGCGACCUAAUCGUAGCGUCAUCUUCUCCUGCAGGAGUACAACAAAUUGUACAACAACGAGAUGCAAGUAGUACUAAGAAUGGUGUUCUCCUGUCUACCUCAUCGGAGAAAACACCUAAGGCCACCAAGGGCGAGUUGCACAAGAAAGGUCAGGACCGCGAGGAUCAGAACAAGACGUCAAAGAUCAAAAAUAGUGCUGGUACACCUACAACUACAGCUACUUCGAAGCCCCUUGAUGUUGCUCCUUCUAAAACCAUGCGUGCAGCUGAAAAUAAGGAAAAUUUGAAACCUACGACCAAGAAAGAAAACGCGAAAACGGAUUUUUCAAAAUUCCAUCGAGUCAAAUUCACGGCAAACGGAGGUGUCGAUCAGCAAUUCGUGCAGAAAAAUGGUAUUACGUCGAUGGAGAAGUUGAAAAAUUAAUCUUGUUUGUGAAUUGGAUUACUUCCCUCGCAAUAAAUUAUGUUGUAGUUGUGAUGUACUAGGACUAGCCGUACUAUCCUCGAUAAUCUGGUAGGACUAGUACAGUUAUCGUGGAAGGAUCAUCAUGAAUCGAUUCUCAACAUCAACACACUAAGAGAAAUAUUGUCAGGUUUUUACUCAGCCACUCCGCUUGUUUCGCCUCGUGGCAGCACUACAAGGCGAAAUAAUGAAAGCAAGAACAAAACAACCGGUGCUAGGGUAUUUGGUACGUCGGGGGAAGAAAAAAUGGAGACCACAAGCACCAAAAAUCAAAUGCUAUGAUAAAAAAUUAUAGUUCUUCUAAAUUCGUUAUACUAGUUUCAGCUAGCAUCUUCAAGAAAGUGAUAAGAUAGUUCUACUACUAAACUUAGUAUCACAACAACUGCUAGCGAUUCUAAGACACUACGACUAUUAAGUACAUAGUAGAUGUAGUUGUAGUGAUCUGGAAGGACUAGGGCAAGAACUACUUCGACUUCGACGUCUCAGUACAGCUGAGCAUUUCCCUUACAGCAACCUACCUUCAUGCAUGGUGAGUCGGACGACUGUCGCUGUCCCCUUUGCCAGAUUGUCCGACAGUCAACUGCAGAGUAAUCGAUCAACGAAUUUCCGAAAAAGAAUGAGCUUGCGACACUCUCCGGCUUCAAACGCGACGACCACACCUACCAGUAGUUCUUGCGGCGUACUACAACAGUCUUUGUCGGAGCAGGGCAGUAAUAUUUUCACUCCCGGCUCAAGAGUUGGUGUAGCGGACGACGUGGUAUGUAAAACUAAAAACUCUUCGGCUUGUUCUCCAGAGGGAGGCCAAGUGUCGGUUUCCACUACGCCUGCGCGCAGCACUCCAGCUGAACAAGCGCGACGCAACCUUUGCUUUACUGAGCAUGCUGCAACUGUCAAAAGCGUCGAGGAAGUGAGAGAUCACAACAGUGACACUCGCAGCUGCAUCAACAACAACAUCCCAGCUCCGAGAGCAACAACGCCUGUGAUGAAUAGUAGCAACAAGGGGACCACUCCCGCCCGUUCUGCUGCUGCAAUCCCUUUGGCUGGGGUCGGUCGCACUUUGCCUCGUACGGGGUCACAGGAGUCCGUGGCUUCCUCCACUCUGUCCUCACUGAGUACCUCUGCACGCUCAACAGCUGGUAGUGCUAUUUCGUUGAGGUCCACUGCGUCUACUGCACCCUCGUGCUGCGGAGUCGAAAAGGGUGCUCCUGGCAAUACGGGAGACUAUAAGGAAUCUGCUAAAGUAAGGCUCACUCUCACUUGAUCUGAUUGAUAAAUGAUAUUUGUUCUUUAUCCAUCAUAAAGAACAUAGAUGGAGUCAGAGCAGCUUCUUCACGACGACCACAAGAUGUGCAAGGAUAAUUCUGAGUAGGUACCGAAAACAUUCAUAUUAUAAUUGUUGUUCUUGUUCAUGAGAAGUUUUUUAGGUCAGAAAUCGAAAUCGUAGAACAAAAAUUUCCAAAAUACUUGGAGCUCAUCUAACAACAUUCUUGCGUAAAGUGAAGACCGCAGCCUGGGAUGUCGACGUGAAGCCCACACGCGUGGCCUCGAGCCGAACUGCCACAACGGCCGCCGCUUUGCCAGCUGCUGGAGGGCGAGGUAUAGUUAACCCGGUUUGUUUUAGCAGAGUACUAAACCCAAAAGGGCUUGGUAAGUGUCUAUUAACAAGAUCAUGCAUGUAGAUCAUAGUUUUGCGAUAGUACUAUUUUUGAAGAUACGACAAACUGGUAUGUAACAGACACUCGUCACAUGAUCCUCCAUUUCCAGUCGUCUCCAACUUCUUUUCUGAUCAGCUUCUCUCCUACGAUAAAGUGUACGUCUAUUGAAAACGGGCUUUUGAACGAUGGACGACGAACACGAUUACCAGCUGUCACAGCCGCACGAACAGGUGAGAAAGGGAAAGAGUAGGAAUAGGCCCUUUUUCCAUCGCGCUUUCUUUUUACUCAUGCUCCACACCUAGAGCAGCUCGUGAGCAGUUUAUUACAACCUAAGUGGGAAAUAGGCCUACAAUAUUUGUAGCUUUGAAUUCUCGAAGAUAAAACCAACUCUCUUAUCACAAUCACGUCGUUUUCAUGGCCUUCUCUGGGGAAGAUACUAAAAAUACUGCCUCUCUAUUUGUGAUAAGAUUUCCAAUAGAACAAGAAGUCCGUCAUUCUGCUUGUAAAAUUUGAAUUGGUGAAAUCGAUAUUGUCGCCUAUUAUUCUUGGAAUUUCCCGGUCACCUUGCCAAUUUUUAUAUACAUGAUUGGCGCAUACUUCUCAUUGUAACAAACAAUUACAACACACUUUUUACAGCCUCAAGAAAAAAGCCUGCUAGUACCUUAGCGCUCGAUGAUUCAGACCGAACGAUGGUUACACCCCCUCCCAUACUUAAUUGAAGUAGUCUUUUCCACCGACAUCCUUAGCCUAGCAAAGCCUAGUAGCAAAAGUAUAAUUAGAUAGAUUUGGUGUAGCUUCUCCUUCUUUUCUUAUUUGUUAGGUUAUGCUGUUCAUCCACGACCUAAGCGUUGUGAGGACCAGCUGACAGAGGAGGUACUAUCACUAGCUACAGUGGCCCACCGGGUUGUCAGACACUUAUUUGCCUCUCCCUAGAAUUGCCAUAGUUCUAAAACCCAUGUGUACAUUUCCGAUAUCAGAUUGCCAUGUUUUACAUCUAGACCUAGUAGACCUAGUCGAUCUGCUACCUGUCGUGACACCAACAUUUCGAUUAUGGAUCCUGAAUAUAGUGGAGUUUGAUGAUUUCUUGAUGAUACUUAGAUUUUAGCCAUCUUCAUAUUCAUGCCUACAUCUUGUUGAUAUUGAUGAAGGACAGCGGCUACUUUUCACGAUGUUACUAGUGAUUCCAAGGUGAGAGUUGAAGCAUAUCAAGAAGGAAAAGAGUCGACGUGUGUCGAUACCUUGUGAGUGCAUUCAAUUGCAACGCACCAUAUUUUCAACGUGUUGCCCUGUGCACCAGAUGAAAGAAAUCUUGAACUCAUUUUGGAACGGGGAAAUCAAAUCGAUCGUUCCAGCGCAGACAAUGGUCAGCCUCUACAGGAAAAGGCAAAUCAUUCCGUGACUUCUUGUUGUAGUCGAUUAUUGACAUUGACUAUGAGGCCUUGUACUACCAAAUAUGUGCACC